GCAUGCUUCCGAAGAGCCAGGUGACAGACGCACUGCCCAGAGAAGGCCCUAGUUCCCCAAGCUAUGAUUGGUUCCAAACAGAUUCUGCAGUUACCAUUGUUAUCUACACUAAACAAAAGAAUAUCAGCUUAGACUCAGUAACCGUUGAUCUCCAGGAUGACUCUUUGAGAGCAGAAGCAGCUGUCAAGGAUCACUCAUAUCUUAUACAUAUUGGGCUAAGCCAUGAGGUUCAAGAAAAUUUUUCUGGUACAGAAAUAGUAAAGCCAUACACACCUGUGUCUGAUUCCUUAUUCCCAGAGUUUAAAGAACGAACUCCUCCCUCAAAUAAGUACAUCUACUUUUUGAUCAAAAUCUAUCCUUCGGGGCUCCUCACACCAGAGCUUGAUCGUCUUCAGAUUGGUUCGUAGUUUUGAAAUUUUAGCUUAUUUGUAUUCUACAUGGAUCAGUUACUGUCUGUUUUCUCCACAAGGGAGUCUGUCUUAAACUCAGCAUGUCUACAGCUGAAGUCAUUUCUUGGCUUCGUGCUCCAUGUCCAACCUUCACCCCUUGCAUCGUCCCCACUCCUGCUCCAGUCUGGAGACUUCAUCCUCGGGUAAUUCCACUCUUGUUCCCCCGGUCCAGUCACCACCAAGCUUAAUUUUCCAUCUCCUUCCUUAACCCUUUGCUCUAAAUCCUUUCUGUCUUAACCUCUAACUGGACUCGCACAUUUGACUCUAUUUGGUGUUUUUCUAUUUACCUGCAUUUUUCUAGUUCUUUCUCCAAGCUUCUCUGAGAAUAGAUUUACUCCUGUUGCUCUGCACCUUUGAAGCCCCUGAUGGGUAUGUACUGCCUGUAGGGUUCAGCCCCUCUGCAAGGCCUACAAGCCUUGAUGGUCUUUCUAGCUUCUCUUGGAUUUCAGAACACUUGUGUUCCCCCACACAGCUCCACAGUUUGUCAUCUUUAUCCCAAGGAUCCUGUAGGUGCCUCACCUAGGAUGAUCAUCAGCCCCUUCUUUGUCAAAUACCUUCUUUUAAAGAAUCAGACAAAAUAAUACUUGCAUUAUGAACUUCCUUCUCCGAAUCAGUGACAGUUGACCAUAGCUCUGUUAUGAGGAUGAAUAUAUGCCUUGUUUGUAAGAUUGAUGCUUACGGGAAGAAAUGGUCAUAUUUUGUCUCUGUAACCCAGUACCUAGCAUGGCAGGUACAUACAUAUUAGGGUAUCAGGAAAUGGACCUUGAAAGACUGGAUUAAAGAGUAUGAUGGCUUCUGUGAACAUUUGAAAACUUUCUGUUUCUAAUUCUUACUCUGUUUUCUCCAGCUCAUUUGUACUUAGUUUUCGCUAAUGGUCUCAGUGUUCGUCCUUCCUUGGCAGCAUUAGCACUACAUUGGGCCAGCAAAGCAGCAUGUCACUGAAGUCUGAGAAUAAAGAAAUUAUGCCACUUUCUCAUAUUAACUUAGAAAUCCACUCACAGUGUGAUAGUUACUUAUAGACUUGUGUCACUUAGAGUUGUGCUCUUGCAUGUCAGUGACGACUCAUGAAGUCUCAUCUUGGCCUAAGUGGACCAGCCCAUAAAAGUACUUCUCUGUUUCAAUCUUGUGUUCACCAAGCAACUUUCUAUGAUUAAACUUAGCUUCUCUGAUAUUCCAAGACCAUGAACAAGAGACCCUGCCUGGGACACAGGCUGCUCAGGUCACUGGAUGCCUGAACUGUUUUUGGGGUACUAGGUACCAGCUGUUGAUCACUUGCCAUGUUGGCAUAUGUACUCUAAUCUCUUGUGAAGUUGAUUAGCAUCAGUUACCCUAUCUGAAUCCAAUUAGUUGUGUAACUUUGGACUUUGAAUAAAAGUUAGCAAGUUGAGCUGGGUAUAGUAGCCACACACAUUUGUAAUCCCAGCAUGUGGGAGGCAGAGGCAGGAAAAUCCAAAAUCAGAGACUACCAGCCUGGUUACUGUGAGACCUUCUUUUUUUU